AUGGAUUGGUACACAUGGCUCUCGCAGACGAACCUCGACCCGAGCCUCGUCCACGAGUACGGCCUCGCUCUCGUCCGGAACGAGGUCGAGGACGAAGACCUCCCCUACUUCAACCACGACUUCCUCCUCAGCCUCGGCAUCACCAUCGCCAAACACCGCCUCGAGAUCCUCAAGCUCUGCGCCAAGCACCACGCCGUCACCGGCGCCGGCGGCCUCUCCCGCCUCGUCCUCGUGAUGAACAAGACGAGGAAGCUCUUCGCCCGAAAGCUAGGCUUCCGGAGGAGCUCCGCGCCGGCGCAGGCGUCGCCGUACGGGAGCCAGUGGAGCGGGGCGCUGCGGAGGAUCAACGGCGGGGGUGCGAUGUGGUCGGGGCCGCUUGACCGGCGGCUGGUGGCGGCGAGGCCGUUGGAUUUGAAGGGGCAUGAGAGGGUUUUGUACCCGAAUUGGAGCCCGAUGGUGGUGAGGCAGAGGCAGAGGGAGAGGCCGGGCUUUGUUUGUGGGAGCCCGGCUUUGUCCGGGCCGAUAGAUAGGCUCGGGCUCAGCCCGAAGGUCGGGUUUUAUAGAGGCGAAACGGUGGAAGAUGGUGGUGGUGAGUAUUAUGCGGCUCAGUCGCUGUGGUCGAUUAUGUUUCAGGAUAUGAAACCGACUUAG